UUUUGCUGCGGUGACGACUUCCCUCGCCUUUGCUUGCUUUCCCUGCAAGCAACCACAGCAAAAGCAAAGCACAAGGAGCAAACCACAGGACAGAUGCAUUUUCCCAAAGGUCCCCACAACAACAACCACAACCACAACAACAACCACCACAACCACCACAACAACCUCCACACCCCACCACCCACAUGAUGAGACAACAGCGACAACGAUUGCUGCAGCAGGACCGCUGCUUGCUGCUGCCUUGCGUGCUGCUAAUGCUGCUGUGCACCACAAACCCAGCAGUCGCAGCAGAUGCAGGACAGGGUGGGAGUGGGCCCACACGCCCGCGCAUUGUCACGGACGACGGCAACAACCUGCGGAUCGAGAGCGCUCGCAGCAUCUUCCUCGAGCCCCACUGGAAUGGCACCGUCUACCUCGGCGACAUCGACCUCAUCUCAACCAUGCGCGAGCAACAAGUUCGCAUGCGGGCACUGGAAGCCUUGGUCGCCCCGCCAUCCGUGGUGUGCCAGGGAAACCGCGUCGAGCACCUCAACUGCGACAGCCAGGCCUCGCGCGACGCUGUCCUGGGCAUCGGCGCGUGUGAAGCCGAGACGGUCGUCCACUGCUGCUGCGACGCCUUCUACCAGCUCACGCACGUCUCCGGCGCCGUGUACAUCGACCCCAAUGCCAAGACCGUGUCCUUUGGAAACAUGGUCAGCAUCGGCGGUGGCAUUCUCAGCAGCAGGGGGAGCUUCACCAGCAUCGAGUUUGGCGCCCUGCAGGAGAUCCCAGGCCCGCUCAUCCUCAGCAGCGACGCGCUUCAAACCCUCAACCUCGGCAGCGUCUCCCGUGUCAGCACAGUCAGCCUCCUCCACCGCAACCUCACCAGCCUCAAUCUCGGCGAGCUGUCGCGCGUCGAUGGCCAGUUCCUGCUGAACAGCGUCGCCCUGGAAUCCGUCGACCUCGGCAAGCUGCAGGCUGUGGGCUCGGACCUCACCCUGCACAGCGAUGCCAUGCUCUCCAUCAACUUUAGCCAGCUCGUCUCCGUUGGUGGCAGCUUGCGCGUGUCCCGCAACAAGCUGCAGAGCCUGCAUCUUCCCCUCACCAUGAACGCCAUUGGCCUGGACUUGGAUGCCUCCGAGAACUAUCUCUCCUCCAUCGACUUUGGCAGCCUCACGUCUGUUGGCCGCAAUGUCGACCUCGCCAAGAACGCUCUCACCGCCGUUCACUUCAACUCGCUCACCUCCAUUGGUGGCCAUUUGGACCUCGCCAACAACGCCAUCACACAGCUGGCCCUCACGCAGUCGCUGUCCAUUGGGGGUGGCCUGUUUCUCAAGGGCAACCCACUCAGUGCUCUUGACUGCAGCGACAUUAACGUCGAGUGUGUGGACAUCGACGAUGGUGUGAUGACAACCAACUGCCCAGGCUCAUGCUUUCUUACUCUCGAGUAGCCAUACAUGCGUGCAUGUGCAUGUGUUUUGUGUUUUGUUUGGGUUUGUUGGACGCGCUUGAGGGCACGUCUUCUGCGUUCUCCGCGUUUGCUGAUGACUAUGUCGACAACAUCUCUUCUGUUGUUGGCUUUCGACAACGCCUGUUGACCGUUGACUGCCUCUGUUCCGUUUAUGUUCUUUGAUGGCAUGCUUGCUGACGGUGCGCACGCAACGCCACCUACCACUCGCACGCCGUGCUCCUUCCCGCUGUGCUUUUGUCCCCCCCCCCUGCCUUCUGGACAGCUUU